UACCAGUCAGCGGUUUCCAACACUGUACAUCAAUCAGUUCAUCAGCUAAGAAAACAUAAACAUUUGUCCAUUAAUAAUAGAGAGUUGCGGUUGUCAGAAUGAACAGUGAAGCCGCAUUACUGCAUGCUGGCGGUCUAGAUGCCAAUAAUGCAUCGCCCCCGCAUAAGUCAGACCCCACCAUUGAUGGAACCCAUCUCAAACACAGAUUUUUACAUUGGUGUGGGUUUGGCUAUAUCAUCAUGUUUCUUCAUUGGCUCCAGCUUUAUUAUAAAAAAGAAGGCAUUGUUGCGACUAAGUAGACUUGGCGAAGUGCGUGCCGCGGCUGGUGGGUUUGGCUAUUUGCGCGAAUGGAUUUGGUGGGCAGGAUUAUUAACAAUGGGCAUAGGCGAGGCUGCGAAUUUUGCUGCUUAUGCCUUUGCACCAGCUUCGUUGGUCACGCCCUUGGGUGCCCUAAGUGUGAUAAUCUCCGCAGUAAUGGCAUCAAAAUUCCUCAACGAAAAGCUCAAUUUGCUGGGCAAAAUCGGCUGCUUUUUGUGCAUAAUUGGUUCAACGAUCAUUGUUAUACAUUCACCCAAGGAAAAGGAAAUUGAGGAUCUACAAGUGCUCUUCGAUAUGAUGCAAGAGCCAAGCUUUAUAUUAUAUGUUACAUGCAUAUUUGGAUCCAGUGCUUAUGUGGCCUGCAUUGUUGCUCCCAGACAUGGACAUACAAAUGUGUGCGUAUACAUUUUCCUCUGCUCUGGCAUUGGCUCCCUAACAGUCAUGUCCUGCAAGGCUCUUGGCUUGGCCAUUCGAAGCACCAUUGCCAAUGGCUCACACGUUUUUGGCUCUUGGAUGCCUUGGUUUCUUAUUGUGGUCACCGUCACCUUUAUAGCCAUACAAAUGAACUAUUUGAACAGAGCGUUGGACAUCUUCAACACAAGCAUAGUGACGCCCAUUUACUAUGUCAUGUUUACCACAUUCGUCAUUACUGCGUCUGCAAUUUUACUCAAAGAGUUUACGCACAUGAGUUUUGAAAACAUACUCGGCGACAUUUGUGGCUUCCUCAUAGUUAUUACAGCUGUGUUUAUGCUCAAUGCAUUCAAAGAUAUUGAUUUAACAUUGAGUGAUGUGCGUGGCCUGUUGCACCCCAAAAUGCAACGUGUUUCACAAUUUGACGAGGAGGUGCUUGUAAGCACCAACUUAAAGGAUAGACGAUACUCGUAUGGCUCCGGUGAUAUAUUCCGUAAGGCAUGACAUAAGCAACGUUAUCAAGUUUAGUUGUUCCCUAUGACACAGACUUGAAAUUAACAUGUAAACCGGAAACCAUCUCACACACACAUAUCAUACCAUGCACUGUUCCUUCUUUCAUUAACCAAACAUUCAUUAAAAUAAGCUAAAAUUGUUGUUAACAUUAAGGGCUAUCGAAAAUUGACCAAACUGUGUACUUUAUUAUAUAUUAUAUUUGCCAUUAUCGUAAGAAAUCCUUAAACUUAAAUGCCAAAGUGUAUUCUU